AGGGUUCAUGGCAUGGAGACUGUGACCCCUGCCCACUUUAUGGUGGGGCCUCUCCCCAAAACCCUGCACGGGUCAGAGCUGGAGGGGACAGGGGGGGCUCAGAAGACACCCUGCUUUCUCCCCACACUGUCACCAUGGAGCUCUGGGGGUUCUUCUCCUCUGUGAGGGGAACAAGAUGCCCACCAUGGCAACCGUGGUGUGCCGGGGGGUUCCAGCCAGAGUGGCAAGGGCCAGCGCCACGCACGGAGCCAUGCCCAAGGACAGGUGGCCCAGCCCAAGCGCAGAGCGCCCCGGUGCCUGGUUUGCUCAUGUUGGAGGAUGCCAGAGUCAACCUGAGUCAACCACCAGCUCUGCCCUGAAGCAGGCCCGGGACGCGCAGGCGGCCCAGCACAUGGAGGGCAGGCUGCCGCCCGCAUACAGGGCUCGGGAGCAGAAAGCAGUGAAAAACAACUUCCCAUUUUCUUCUCAUGACAACAGACACUGCCUACAGAAUGUGGGAGAAUAUUUUGAUUUUGGUAUGGGCCGGAGAAAGGUAGAACCAGAGAGAAGGCAGCAGAACUCACAGAACUUCUUCCUGUGGGCUCACGAAUCAGUUCCUAGCAGUGAGGAUGGCUUAACCAUUUAUCAGACAUCAUUUGUGAAGGAUCAGAAUACUGAGAGCCCAUUCUGUAGGCGAUACCCAAAACACCACACCAAAGAAUCUCGCACUGACAAAUCUGCUCCUGAGAAUGAAAAAAACAUGCAACCAAACAAGUCAUCAUAAUUAUAAAAACACCUUUGUAGCACUGCCUUACAUAAUCAGAGCCUUUUCUGGAGAUCUGAACUAGUUGUCACUCAAAUGAAUGAUGAAAUAAACGUGUAAAGUGAAUAAAGUGG